AUGGAUUCCCAGCAGGAGGAUCUGAGCCUCCCUGGUGUGUGGGUCUCAUUGUACUUUGGAUUCCUGGGGCUGUGUUCUGUGGUAACUGGUGGCUGCAUUCUCUUUCUGCACUGGAGGAAGAACUUGAGGCGGGAAGAGCGUGCCCAGGCGUGGGUGGAGGUGAUGAGAGCUGCCACGUUCACCUACAGCCCACUGUUGUACUGGAUUAACAAGCAUCGGUAUUAUGGCAUGAACACAGCCAUCAACAUGGGGCCUCCCCCUGCUGCCACCAAGACUGAGACUGAGGUCCAGAAUUCAGAUCCUCUAUGGGAGUUGGACAUCUCUGAGAGCAGGAGCUCUGUUGCAGAAGACAGCAGCCCCAAGGUGGAGGGCCCUGCCCUGCUACAACCUGCAUUGCAGCCCCUACUUUCCCCAAUGCUGCGGUCCCAGACCAGCUCCCCACUUCCAGUUCCCAUCUUUCAGGAGGUGCCCUUUUCCAUUUCCCUGUGCAACCUGCCUCCAGUGAUGAACCACUCAGUUUCCUACCCUUUGGACACCUGUCCUGAAAGGAACAUCCACUUCCAUUCCCUACCCACGAUGGCCCAUGGAGACCACUGCUUCAAUGCCAAGCCUUUUGCUUCAGAGUUGUAG